UCAUAGACCUACAAUCGUACUGUUGAUAUCGUUUCUCAGUCAUUUCACUCUUGAAUAUUCACGGUUCUUGGAUAUUGUUUUUCUUUUGGAUUCAAACCCAGUUUUCAAGAAUCAGUGGAAUGCGUUCUUUUGUUCCAAAUGUUUUGUUUCGGUGGAGAAGUCGGCGUCCAAAAUCUAUUAUUAGCAUAAUAAAAGGCUGAACUAAACAUGGCGUCUGUUGCAGAAAGUGAUUGUCACAAAGACCCAAACUUUGCAGUGAUCUGCUCGUUCUUGGAUAAAUAUGGGGAAUUACUGGGAUUACCCUCUGUUUCAUAUUCAGAUUUGGAACGUUUUUUGGAGGACGAAACAAAUGAUGUAUCACGGAUCCUCAUUGACAUUCACGUGCGCCUCCUGAGAAGAAUAGGAAAGUCGACUGUCAACUCAGAGCGCUUUGAGAAAAGCAUCAUAAAGUUCUGUCAUCACUUUUCAGAGUUUGAUGCCUGGGAAGUGGAGAGCUAUGGCUACAAACAUGCCAAGUUAUCCACCAAACUUAGAAUUCUUAAGCAUCUACUGGAGUGCCAGUUUGAUUUCAACCUCAAGUUUAAGGAGAAGGUUAAUGAGUCACAGGCUGAGGACAUGCGCUUCUUGCCCAUCGGGAGAGACAAGGAUGGCCAGGCUUAUUGGUACUUAUUGGACAAAGAUCUGAACCUGCUGGUGUACAGAGAGGAGCAGGAUGACGAGGACGCGGACACUUGGGAGCUCGUCUGUCGGGACCGUCAACAGCUGGCCAGUCUGGUGAAUUCACUGCAGACAGGCAGUAUGAAGCCAAAGCAGGAAGAGGAAAAAACUAGCUCCAGUGGCUCGGGUAGCUCUCGCAGCUCGAAAGAAGGCAGCCCUGAGAAGGAGACAGGGAAAGUAAAAUCUGAGGAGGUAGAGACAAAGGUCAAGGCAGAUCCUGAGACUCGUAUGGCUGCUGAAAGUAACAUCUCUGAAGCAAACGACAAAAAAGUGAAAACAGAUGGGGAAGACGAUCCGAGGAUCAGAAUGAGAAUUGGAGGCAACACAUCCACUAUUCUCACUGAUGAUAAGGCUGAAUCGGGGCCUUGUGUUCUCGGCAGUUCUUCUGAAAGAGUUGGUGAUAGAUUGGGGGAGGAUACCACAGCGAAGAGUGUUCAUUUGUCCAAAAAUGCACAUGUUGUCCUGGAGAAAAUAAACGUUUUUGCGGAAGGACAGGUGAUUUCAGACAGAUUAUCUAGUGAUAAAACAGCAGAAGUGAUGAAAAGUACAGAUGAAUCCCUUAAAAGAAUACAUGCGAGUUCAGCCGAUAUACAAAAAGACAUUACUCCUUGUGAGGAGGCUACUGGUUCCAAGUCGGUGCCCUCUGCCCCGGCCUGUUCAGACACAGCGCCAGGAUCUGACCACUGUGCCAGUGUGAACACAGAAUCGCAAGCUGCAGCAGUUGUGUCAGAUCAUUCUUGUAAAGAAAGUUCCCCUGUGGUACCUAGCGACCUUGCCUCAACGUCAGAUGGGAGCGCCACCAAGCCACAUCCCAGCAGUUUGGAAAGCAAAGAAAGUGAAAAGCUGAAAUUAGAGGUGACAGUCAAGCAGGAAGUUCCCGAUGCAGAUAGUGGCAACAGUACAGGUGUGAAGUCAGUAGAGCAGCCUGUCCUGAACUUGUCUAAAGAUCCGCCUGACAAGCAAGGGGGAAAGGAGGGCAUUGCAAAGGAUUCUGUUGUUUCUGUAAACACCAGUGAAAAGGAAAUUGAGAAAUCAGAAGGGGUAGUUAAUCAGACCCCAAAUCACGCUGAGGAGGGCGAAUGUGGGAAGGAAUCUCUAGAACAGAAUUUGGUGUCUGAAAAGUCCACAGCACCUGUAUCAGAUCAGCCAGUUGUGGCACAAACUGACAAGAGCAAAGACUCUGAUUCUGUAUCAACAACUUGUGGGAAUCCAGAAACGGAUCAAAACAAAAAGACCCAAGUAAAAGGAAAGCUUGUGUCAUCAUCAGAACCAGUAUCGGAGAAAGAAACUACAGGGACCAAAUCGUUAUCAGAUUCUGAGCAGACUGGAACUAAAGAAUGUGACAACAAAAUGCAAGUAGUGGAGGAGAAGGAGGCAGAUAUGGUGGAAAAGUCAAAAGUAGAAGCCAUGAAAGAUUCUCAGGACACUUCUGUUGUGGGUGCUGGUGGGGAAUCCUCAAUCAGAACUAGUCAGUUGGUCAAUAAUUCUGUGGAGGACGGUUCUAAACCUUCAGAGUUUGAUAAAGUAGAUAGUGCAGGAGAAGGGACCAGCAAGGGGGUGGUUGUGAACAAAGAAACUACUUUGAACAAUGUAUUGGAAAAGACAGUAAAGACUAAUGGCGUUGUGGGGAAUUCUGUCAGUGAUUUCGACAUGAAAUGUGACAGUCCUGUCCCAGCGUCUAAGCCUGAGGCCAUCGUCAAAGACUCUCAGGCUGUAAUAGUGAAAUCCAGUGACGUUCAGAUGAACGAAAAUUCUUCCUCUGUUGCGAAAAGCGAGGAGACUGGAACAGAGAGUGUUCAGGUCAAUGGGAAAGAAACCACCGAGCCAGUGAAACAGAAAUCCAAUGUCACAGAAGGGGAUGCUGGUCAGUCAAAAGAAACCCCAGUGAAGGCUGUGAAUGGGGACGGGGGUGAUUCAAAAGCAGUUACGAGCACUGAAAGUGAAGAUGCUGCGCCAUCUGCACCUUCUGGAGAGGCUGAAAAAACCGAGGUGAAAUCUGAUGGUGCUGUUUCUGCUCCAUUGGGGAAUAAAAUGACAAAUAGUGCAGAAGAAAGUGAGAAAAGUGAGAUUCCUGAGAAAGAAAAUGAGCAAGAUGCCGGUGAUUCAAACACAUGUGAAAAGGAGAGUGGGGCACAAGAGGCUGGUCAAGUGGAGGAAAAAACUGCUGACAGUUCAAAAACAAGUGAAAAGGAGAGUGUGACAGAAAAAGUUGCUCAAACAGAGAACAAAGCUGACGAUAGCUCAAAAGCUAGUGAAAAAGUGAGUGGGAUGGAAGAGAUUGCUCAAACAGAGGACAGUACUGAUAGUAAAAAGGAGGGUGAAAAGAAGAGUGAAGCUGAUGACGUUGCUCAGAUAGAGAACAACACAGGAGGGUGCGGACUGACACAGGAUUACGAAGAUGAUGACAUGGCCGAAGAUUUUGAUGACUUUGAUAAUGAUGAUGCGGGGGAGGGACAUGAAGAGAAGAAAGAAGCUCCAUCUGCUUCAAUAAGCGAAGUUUCUGAAAAGAGUAAUGUAACGGCAUCGAUGAAGCCAACAGAAAAAUGUUCCAGCGGUACUGAGGGUGGAGCCAAAGCUGACGGUCUGGAUAAGCCCAAGGCUGAUGGGAAGAAGAUUGAGAUGGAAAAUGUUUCUGCACAAAGUGGCGGGUCAAGUUCGGAAGUUCCGAUGUCUCAAGAAAACUCAGUUCAAGAUGGAAAAGAUGGGAAGCCUGCUGAUGGGGGACCUGACAAAGUGUCGUCAGAGGUUGGUUCUUCAGAGCUGAAAUCUCAAGAAAAGCCGGAGGCUCAAAAAGAUGUAGAGAAGUCUGCUUGUUCAUCCUCUGGAAAGAGCCAUUCAGAUGUUACAGAUGUUGAUAAGGAAAAGAAGUUGGAGUCUGAGAAUGCUGGGACUGUUUCUUCGAAAGUGUCUACGGAGAAAAGUGAAGAUAAUCAGGAAGGAAAAGAAGUGCCUUCUGGGAAGGGUGAAAAGAUGGCAGAGAAAACGCCGGAAACAAUUGUGGUCAAGAAAUCAGAGGAUGCAUCCACCUCGGAGGCUGCUGAAGAAGAAAGUUCCAAGCAUAUCACAUCUACUACUGCCUCAGUUGGUGAAUCUAAACAAGUCGAUGACCUUCCUAUUGAGAAACUGAAGAACGUCACUGACACUGCUGUUGAUGAACCAGCGUUGAAGACUGAUGCAAGCAAGGAGGCUGAAUCUGUGUCGUCUGGAGUGGCAGAGGCGAGUGAUGAAGGGAGUCAGAAAAAGCUUGAAGUGGGAAAGGAUUUUGAAGAUUCCUCAGCGGGUCGUCAAGUUCCCGGUUCCACUUCUUCGUCAACCGAUGAAAAGACUGAUGUCCCUACUAUCGAAAAAACUCCUGCUCCUUCUGGGGCCUCUGAGGAGGGAGGUGAAGGAAGUGUUGCAGUAAAGGAAAAAAAGGUUGAGACAAGUGAAGUAAAGGCCGAGAAGGAAGGUGGGAAGACGGAAACAAAUGAAGAAAAUAGUGAAAAGGAGGAAGGAAUUACUGAAUCGAGUGGAGGAACAGUGGAUAAGAAAGAUGAAAUAUCUGAGACUGCAAAAUGCAAAAGUGGAAAUGAAGGAGUGGAGAAAAAUGAAAAGGAAGAAAGCAAAGCAGAAAGGAACAAAGAAAAACAUGAGUCAGAGAAGGAGAAACCUGAAGCCAGUAAUGCGAACGCAGAAGCAUGUAAAGAAAAUAUUAAGGGAAUUGAAGGAAAGUGUGAUGUGAAUGAGAAGGAGACUAGAGCAUCAGACGGUGGGGAUAAUGUGCCCAAGAAGUCUAGUGAAGGAGAGAAAGAAGCAGAAGAGAAGGAGAAAGACGUUAGUAAAGAAAAAUCUCCUGAAAAAGAAACUGAGAAACUGGGUACUGGGGAAGAUGGGUCAAUGUCAACAAAGACAGAUGAAAUGAUGGCGGAGUCCAGUAAUGUUAAAGGAGCUGAAGAUUCCACGAACAAAGAAAAAGAAACACGACCAGAAGAUGAGGAGCGGAAGAAGUCUGAUACUGGUGACACUGGAAAUGAUCCAGAAAAAGUGUCUGCAGCAGUAGAAGAAAUGGAAAAAAAUGUUGCUGUACCUGGUCAGCCGGAGGAUGAAGCCUCGAAACAAGCUGGUGGCGAGUCUCAGCGCAAGUUGAAGCGGUCUGCCCCAGAUGCGGCCAGCGACGAACCCGUGGAGUCUGAGCCUAACGGCAAACGGGCGCGACCCGCGGCCAAGAACCAGAAAACUCGUGGUGGGAGGAAUGCUGCGGCUCGUGGGCGAGCGGCUCGUCUGGCAGAGAGGGAGGUCACGGAGAGUGAGGAUAGCGAGGCAGCGGUGACCUCGAGUGGAGCUAGAGGGCGUGGAAAGUUGAGGGGUCGUGGAGGUCGAGGCAGGAGGGGCCGCCGCGGAGGUCGUAGGGGUGGCAGAAACACUGGGCCGGGUAGAGAGGCGGAGGAUGAUGUUGAGGAGGAGGAGGAGGCAGCGGCGAAAGACGAUGCUGGCGAGGAAAUGGAGGAGGACUGUGAAGACAAGGGAAAGAAGGACAGCGCCGCUGAGGAGGCAGAUGAAAAUACAUCGGAUCAAGCUGGAGGAAAGAGACCUAAGAAAAAGAAGCCUGACUCUAGCAGUGAAGCCCUGUCAGAAGAUGAGGUCACCCCAGCGAAAAAGGGAAGAAGUCAGCUUCAGCCGGCAAGAAAGGCAGGCUCAGCGAACCGUGGCAAGCGGGGUGGGGGCAGAGGUCGUGGGGGCAAGUCCACACCAUCAACACCUGCCACUGCUGCAGGCAACGAGGCAGAAGGGAGUGGGCGGAGGCGCAGUAUGAGGGUAAGAGAGAUGAAAGCGAAGAGACCCCCUACCCCUCCCUCUCCCCCAUCCUCGCAUACAGAGGAAGAGUCGGAGGAUGAUUUGUCAGAUGACACGGAGGAGGAAGUGACCUUUCACGUCAAGGACAAAGACUUCUUGGACCCAAACUUCACCCCGGAGGAAGAAUCAGGAGAUGAGGAUUUCAAACCCAAAGGGAGAAAUUUUCAGAGACAAGCUCAGCGAACCAUCAAGGGAGAGAAUGAGGAAGUUGUCAAUGAUGACACACCGUGUGUCAAAUGUGGGAAGUACAACCACCCAGAAAUGAUCCUGCUGUGUGACAAGUGUGACGCCGGCUACCACACGGCCUGUCUGCGACCCCCACUCAUGCUUAUCCCGGAUGGAGAUUGGUUCUGUCCACCCUGUGAACAUUCGAUGCUUGUGUGCAAGCUGCUGGAGUGUCUGCAGACACUAGACACAGCCUCGAAGAAAAAGGACCGGCUCAGUAAACGACAAGAGCGCCUAGCUUAUGUGGGUAUCAGCAUCAGCAAUAUCCUUCAUGGGCAGAACCGUGAGGGCGCUGUGUCCGGCCAAUUUGAUCAGACGGGCAUGGUGGAAAAAGAAGAAAUGGAAGGUGUGAAAGAAGAAGCAGAAGGAGAGGAAAAGCAGGAAGGAGAAAAUGAAGAAGACGAGGCAGGGGAAGAGUCUGGCGGGGGCAGCACCUCUUAUUACGAAUCGGAGGGAGAGGAAUUACAGCGCACCUACCGCUCGGAGAGACUCUCCCAGAGGCAGGCUCAGAAGCGGUCGCGCAUGGAGAAGAAGCGCCGGCGCCGGCCUGCCAGAAACCGAAGUCCCGAGGUGGAGGUGUUUGCCAAGCGCACCUGUCGCACACGCAGCACUGUCAGCUACCAGUUCAAGGAAUUUGACGAGCUCAUCAGUAACGCCAUUGAGGAUGACAAGCCCUGUCGCAAGGAGAAACCUCCAGAAGGAUUUCCCUUUGCAGGAAUCAGUCGUGGUAAAGACAUGUCCAACAUUCUGGGAGCCUCUGACGAGGAAGACGAGAAGAUCCGGCUGAGAGACGGGGACUCGGGACCUCCGCCCGUGGUGAGGAAGAAGACCAAGAGGAAGCUGACCAAGCUGGACAGUGACGAGGAGCAGGAAGAGGAGGAGGAGGAUGAGAGCGAGGAGUUCAAGCUAUCUGAAGAAGAGGACUCGGAAGCCACGGAGAUUGAAGGUGAAGAGGAGGACGAGGGGGACGAAGAAGAGAUCAACUCGGAUUCUGGAGACUGGAAACCGAAGAAAACCUGGUUCAACAGCCGCGCCUCCUCCCGCAAGUCGAGCAAGAGGAUGCGAGAUUUUGUUGUGGAAGACGAAGACUAUGAUAGUGAUGAAAACGCCACCAAGCGACGUUCGACCCGAAAUUCCACCCGUGGCCGAAUUCGCUACAACGAUUGGGAAUCGGAGGAGACGGAACAAGAGACGGACGAGGAAGAGGCCAGCUUCUCUGAUUUCAGCUCAGAUGACUCGAAAUUUGCCCGCAAGAUGCACAAAGAGAAGGAGAAACACAAGAAAGCAAAGCAGGCUGCUGCAAAGAAGAAAAAGAAGAAAGUGGUCAGAAGAGGAAAGCAUUUCUCCUCUGAGGACGAAGAAGAGGAAGAGGAGGAAGAAGAAGAGAGUGGGGAAAGCCAGUCUGAUAGCUCUUUGGUCAGGAGGAGGAAAUUGUUGCAGAAAUUGGUGAAAAAGAGGAGAAAGGAUGCGACAGACAGCGAUGAAAACGAAGAGAAGGUGUCUGAGAAAAAGUCUAAAGCCAGUCAGAAGGUAAAAAAGAAGAGGAGUGGCAAGUAUUUGUCAGAUGAGAGCGAGGAAGAGAGUGACAACUCAGAUGACGAGCCUCGUUUCAAGAAGAAAAAUGUGUUGAGGUCAUCAGAUGAAGAGGAAGAAGAAGGUGAUGAAGAAAAAGAUGGAGCAGAGGAAGCUACAGGGAAAAAGAAAUCUCCAAGCAAGAAAGCAGCUGCUGUUGUUGCUCCAAUAGCAAGAGGAGCUAAGUCAGCACCAAAGGGCAAAAAGAGAGGGGAGAAGCUCAUACCAGAAGAUGCUGGAAACUCGGAAACAGUUGCUAACCAGGCAGACGAAGUUGUGCCCGGAAAGAUCCGUCGAUUGAGUGGGUCGGACCGCGAAGGCCCCGAUGAACCCAAUGCAAAAGCUGGAUCUGCCGAAACCUCUCCUGCGAAGGGCGGGAAGAAGAAAGGUGCAGGGGGGCGUCAGACUCGCAAACAAAGUGCCGAAUCUCAGGCAGCUGUAGAGGAGAAGCAGGCGGGAAAAGCAGCAGCUCAAAGGAGAGCGUCUUCAGAGAAGUCUCCCCGCGCUGGGAAGAAAAAGAAAGUCCCGAAUUUCCUGGACGUCCCCUCUGGAGAUGAGUCAGAGGAGGAUGGAGCUGCUCCUGCCGGGGACGCCCUGGUGGCUGGUCAAGCAUCCACUGCUUCUCAGAGGUUAGAUCCUCACUCACAAGUUCCAGUUUCUCAACCCCUACAUCCCCAAGCGGUAGUGAAUCAGCCACCCAACUCAAUGGCCCAGCCGCCAUAUCCCGGUCAGAUGCACGGUGGAUACCCCCCUGGCUUCCAGGGCCCACAGCCAGGACCCGGUGGUCAGUACGGGGGCUACCCUUACCCCGGUCAGAUGGUUGGGCCUCCUUUCCCUGGUCAGCGCCACAUGGGGCCCGGGAUGGGCUCACCCACUCAAGCAUCAUCACAAACUACCACCAGUCAGGGCAGGUCGGAGAUGGGCUCACCUCCCCACACCAUGUCUCAGGCCCCGGGAGCCCACUCAGGUCACCAGGGGUUAGAGAGCUCUUCCAUGAGAGCCGCGUACCCUGGUUACGGCGGUGGUCUGCAUCCCGGCAUGGCUCACGAUCCGCGGGCUUUGGAACCCGGACAGAUACCGCCUGGAGGUCAUAGACCACCACCAGUCUCCCUGCCUCACGGCUAUCUCGGAAUGGGCGGCCGGAUGCCUGGUAACCAGAGUUCUCCACAGCAGAUGCCAGACCCCCGUCAUAUGGUACCUGGCAUGCAGCAAGACCCACGUCGUAUGGCUCCCAGAAUGCCGGAUCCUCGGCAGAUGGCACCAGGCGGAGUGCAAGACCCACACGCUCACAUGCCACCUGGUAGAAUGCAAGACCCUCGACACAUGGGACCAAGAUCUCAAGAUCCGCACCACGGAAUGGGCUCUGGAAUGACAGAUCCCCGUCAAAUGCCCCCUGGCGGCGUAACGGAUCCUCGUCAAAUGCCCCCUGGCGGCGUACCAGACCCUCGUCAAAUGCCCCCUGGCGGCGUAACAGACCCUCGUCAAAUGCCCCCUGGCGGCGUAACAGACCCUCGUCAAAUGCCCCCUGGCGGUGUAACAGAUCCCCGUCAAAUGCCCCCUGGCGGUGUAACAGAUCCCCGUCAAAUGCCGCCUGGUAUGAUGCACCCGGGCAUGAUGCGACCGCCAUACGGACCUCAUCAUCCAGUGACAUCUUCCGUCCGACAGAGCGGGCCGUGGGAACCCUCCCCAGCACACUACUCUCAGAGCUACAACAGCGCAGCCAGGAUGGUCAACCCUCAAGAAAUGGGGCCUGGUGGCAUGCGACACCCGUACCCAGGCAUGCGGUCCCCUCCCCCAUCUCACGGUCAGUACAUGGGCCAGUACCCGGGUAUGGGCCCCAUUCCCCCACCGACGUCCAGCACAAACUCACCCCUCUCCAGCAUGGGACAGAUGGCGCGGAAUCUUGGAGAGAACGCCGGGAUGCAGUCGCCGCCUCACGGAGAGCGAAGACCCAGCAUGGGCUCCCCCUCGCAGCAUCGGGAAGCAGGGAAAGAAAGUGGAGGGCAGGCCGAUGGGGAAGGAGGAGAGAAAGAUGCCGGAGCUGGUGCCAUGUCUCUCGUCAAGGCCGAAGCAGGAGAGGUGGUUAGUCCCGAAAAGGGUGAGCAGCGCAAAGAAGGACGAAAACGAGGGCCGACCAAAGGCAAAGACAAAGGGAAGGCUCAGGGGAUGCCAGGGAGUCAGCCUGCAGCCAGCCAAAGUCAGGGUGGGGAUGGUCCGAACCAGACCGGGGGAAUUCCUCCGCAGCAAAGUCAUCCUCAUGGCCAGAGGCCUCCCAUGCCAGCUCCUCAGGGCCCUGGCAUGGGUGUGUCACCGUACAGAGGUCAAGGCGGGGGGAUGCACCCGCUGGAGCCUGGCCAGCAAAACCCAAGUGCACCUCAAGGUCAGAUGCCCCCCAACAUGCCCCCGUACCCAGGCAUGUACAGGUAUCCCAACCCUCGUGUCCCCAUGCCUCCCGGCAUGAACCCUUACCACAUGCCACCGUAUAUGGGUGGUCCACCUCCCAACAUGGCCGCUGCCGGCUCCCAAGGCCAUCCCCAAGGUCAUUACGGACCCCCUCAUCCCCAUAGUGGUGUUGGUGGUCACCCGGCUCACAGCCCAAUGCGACCCAUGGCCCCAGGACAUCCUAUGGGUCACCCAUCUGCUGCCCACCACGGAGGUGGUGCUGCCCCUGGGGGUUCAAACAUCCCUCCUCCGACAUCCUUGCCCAGCACACAAUCGGGACAUCCAGAUGCAUCUCAACACGGCCGGACGGAGCCCCCUGCCGCUCACUCCAUCCCACAGCCAGCUGCCAGCAUGCCACCACACCAAAAAUCCCAACCUCCGACGUCCGCCCCUGCUAGCGUCCACUCGAUGGCCCCAAGCUCCCACCCGUCUCAGCCACCUGCUGCAGGUCCAAGCGACAGUCCGAACAAGCAGGGACCAGAGAGUGCCGCUGAGGCAGAGACAAAGGAGGCGGCGCCGGAGAAGUCUGCGUUGUCAAAGGUCAAGGUUGAGUCACAGGAGCCAGCGGAACCGAGUACAGAUACAAGCAAAGGCGCCAGUGAGGAGCAGAAGCCACAAGAAGCAGCUAAGACUGUAAAAGAGGAGACUCCCUCUUCUGCCAUGCCCCAGGCAUCAAAAGAGUCCGCCGUUUCUCCAGAUCAGGCGGGUCCUGCCUCUUCUCAGCAACUCCAGCCAAGUCCGAGUGUGGAUCCUGGUAAACAUGGGUACAACGUGCCAUAUGGUCAGCAAGGACAGGGCAUGCCUCCCGCCCCACUGCAUUCUCAGCAGGCUAACAUGCCACCAGCUCAGCAAAGUAACGUGCCAUCUUCCCAACCAGCUAACAUGCCGCCUUCUCAACCAGCAAGUGUCCCCUCUUCUCAGCAUGGGACCAUGAUGUCCUCCUCCCAGCCAGCCAGUAGUCAUCAAGGGCCCACCAUGCCAGCCAGUCAGCACAUAUCUAACGUCGCUCCUGGCCACCCGCAGCAGAGGCCAGGAAUGCCCCCAGGCCAGUAUCCCCCGAAUAUGCCUCCCAACAGCCACAGCUCAAAUAUGCCGUAUUACCACCACCCUUAUUUCUCGCCGUAUGGACCAAACACAGGGCAGCCAAUACCCGCUCACGGUGGGUGGGGUUCGAACAUGCCACCCCAUGGAGCCAACUAUGGGCCAAACAUGUACAUGAACCAAAGACCUCAGAUGUAUCCUCCCCACCACCCGGCCAUGUCUCAACAAGAAGUUCCGCAGUCGCAACAACCGGGCCAGCACAGAGCUAACACACCGGAGGCCGCUCGAAGAAGUUCGGUAGACUCGAGAUCGUCUCAAGACGAGCAGCCCACGCGGCCUGUGGAGGCAGGUGAAGCCAAGUUGAAUCAGGCCCGCAGAGAUUCGGAGGGUGGUCACAGUUCAGCAGGAGAGUCCUCAUCGGGUGGCGUCUCUGGACCUCCACCCACAGCUGCCGGCCCUCCUUCCUCGACAUCUUCCAACCCGCCAUCGUCGUCCACACCGACGUCAUCUCAAUCUGACCAUCGCCCUCCUCCGCCUCCUUUGCGGCCCACUGACCAGCAGCAUCCACCCAUGUCUAGUCCGGACCACACACCUUCCGGUGGUCAAGAUGCCACUCCGCCGGCGUCUGUUUCCAGUGGAGGAAGAAGUUCCAGUUUGGAUUCCGCCGCUGUCCAAUCUCAACCACAUGGUGCCAUGUCUCACAGCUCAGUGCGGCCCCCUCCGAAUGCAUGGCCCAGUCACCACGGCAUGCAUUACCCUCCAGGCCCUUGGCCGGGAAUGGGCGGGCCGUCUGGCCAGUACUCGAGCAUGAUGCAACCCUACGGCGGCGGUCACCCAGGUAUGAUGAGGCCACCGGGACACUACAUGCCUCCAGGAGGACACCCGCAUGGAGACAUCCCAGGAGGCCCAUCUCAGAGGCCUCCCCCGGGACCGAAUCCCGGUGGGUCACCGAACAUGGCCGGUCAGAGAAAUCCUGCCAUAGGUCCCGACGGAAGACCUCCGUACAUGCCACCGGGCCAGUACCCGGGCUGUGAACCAGGGACAAGGCCACCGCCUCACGGCAUGGAACCGCAGUACCCACGGCCCCCGGGCUUCAACCAAGGCCCGCCUGCUCCUCAUACGUUCCAGUCAGAGCACCCAGCCAUGGCCGGCUCUGCACCUCCAAACCCGGCUGACGGUGAACAGCCUGGAGCUCUGUCCUCUGCCAGCGUUGAUCAAAGUGCAGAGAGCAACUCGGCCUCCAAACCAAAGAAGGCAAAAACGCAGAAAAAGGUGGCCAAAGAUGGGCCGCCCGUGAGAGGCAAGAGCGCUAAAAGUCGGGGCCGGGGUCGUGGAGGAUUUAUGAUCGACAAUCUACUCCAGUCUCGGGGUGCGGGAGGGGAGGAAGAAGGAGAGGACAACGCUGAAAUGAAGGACAUUGUGAGCUAUGUGGCCACUGAUGACUAUUUCAAGCAACAGACAAGUUCCUAGUGGAAAUUUGUGGGCCAUGUCCAUCAGUUAGUGUUUGUUCAGCAAUUUGUUUGGUUUUUUUCUGGCACUGAACAGAAUAGGAUAUUUCUUGAGAGCCAAAAGACAUGUUGUACAGGAUAAUAAAUCUGUAUUUCACAGAUUGAUUUCUACGAUGUCUUAUUAUAUAUUGUGAGCCAUUCUCAGAAGGGAAGCUCGACUGGUGUUCCUCCUGUCCUCUAUGUACAGCCAAUGCUUACAUGAUUUGUUGGAAAUGAAACUGACCAAAGUCGACAAUUUAAUGAAAUACAGUAAUACGUCAAUGAAUUUGGAAAGGUUCCUGUGUAUACUGUUAAUUUUUGUUGCAUUAUAAAGUGUGGAUGUUGGGGGGUGGGGGUGGGGGGGUGUCUUUUCCCAAGACUGCUUCAAGUACCAAACUCGUGUGGAAAAGGUUUAUGGUACCAGCUCAUGCUAAAGGACUUUCCAGCUGUAUUGUCAAUAUUGUACACUUCCAUUAAAUAGAGUGGGACAAGAUUUGAAUACGUAUACAUCUCCUUGAAAGUCGUCAUGCACCACCCUUUUUAUUAGGUGUUUAGAACUUCCCCCCUCAGUGUUUUUCAAGUAGGCUAACUACAUACAUUUAUAUGUGUAUUUCAGAGUGAACAUUUUUCUUCAGCAGUGUGUUUUGGUUGAGAAGGCGCUUUUAGCCUGCUACCCAUUAUGUCAUACCAUAACAAGCAUGUCGCUCCCAAUAGUGGUGUUGGAAAAAGUUUUAUCAGCUUUCUUGUGCAAGCAUUGCUUCUAUUUUCGAAAAUGAGAUUUUUAAAAAAGAUACCUAGUAUUUAUUGCAUUCAAGCUAGAAAGGCAUAAAAGUGGCCGGAAAAUUUGAAUCAUUGUAACAUUUUUAUUAAGCUAACCUUUUGAGAAUGGCUCACGCUAGUUUCCUGUUGUGACCACACCAUUAUUUUGUCUGUCUGUACAAGACAGUUGUAGAAAUGGCAUUUCAGGAGAUUGUUGUGCCGAGUGAAAUGCUAGAGGAAAUGUCCAAUGUUUGCUGUGUUCUGAGAUAGUGCUGUGUGAGGGAAUACAAUCAUCAUCUCAGCUGUGUAUAUAUUCCAUUCUCCCAUUUGACAAAAGAGAGUGGACUUUCUUUCUUCAUCGUCAGUUCAUUGAGUACAGUGAUGGUCGUUUUUGGGGAUGUUCAUAGCCUGACAUGUAAAUAUGGAAUGUGUGCUUCUGAGAGAACUUUUAUCAGUUGUCUCUCGUAGACUAAACUGUAAGGACCACCGUAUAUUAUGGUAACCUUUCUCUGGUUUAGGACUAACCGAUAUCUCUGGUUUUGAUCAUUUGUAUUUGAUUGUUAACAUGUUCAGACCUUGGAGUGGCCAUAUCUACGCACUUUAUUACGAACCAUUCUUUUGGAGGUUUUUGUUCUGAAUUGCAAAGCUUUUUAAAAAUUUUAAACAUUAUUAUGUGAAGGGCUUUGUAAGCUGAUGUUUUUGAGAAUAUUUUUCCCCUGCAUACUUAACUCUUUGCGUCCUGUUGGCAACUAAUGUUGUCUAUGCGUGCAUUACUUGGAAUUUAAAUCAGGAAGCAAAGUGUUUAAAGAGCAAUCUGCUUUAAGGCAUGCCAGAACAGUAAAAGCCCGUAGCUUUUUGAGGUGGUGUUUUUACGGAGAAUGGCGAUAUUCAUUCUUAGGCUUUGCCGACAGUUCCAGUGAGUUUUUCUCGUACCAUAGUCAGGCUGUGGUUGUGCAUCAAGCAAGACAUGAUUAUUUUUUUGUCAUUUAAUGUUUCCACUGGUGUUCUUUGUCUGAACUCCCUGUUUAUGAAAAGAUCUGCCAGACUUGUGUAUAGGUUUUUUAGUACCUGGAAAGUUAUAGGGGAGGCAUUUCUCCAUUGCCCUUUCGGUUUACUUUCAUACGUUUUUCUGACGUGUUCGUGGUUUUUUAAUGUUAUGUGAUGACGUUCCUUGGGCUCCCCUCACAACCGUAAUGUAACGUGUAUGUUUCCUUUGACGGUAUCGCUCUCUUGUGACGUUUUGUAUAGAACUUGAGAUUUUGUUCAUGGGAUACAUAAUGGAAGUGGAGAGGAGCGUCCAUUAACUUCAGAGGGAAGCACUUCACAGUACAGUAACCUCUUGUGUCUGAGCUCUGGACUGGACGCGCUUCAACGAGUGAACCUCAUUGCAAGGACAAUGAAAUUUUGUUGUUGUUGUUGUUGUCAUACGUUCAUGCUCAUGUUAAACGCUUACGUACUAAAUGUACAUAUGUAUAAAGCCGUCCGAGAACAUACGACACAGGUAGAAUUAGAUAUUUUAUUACUCUCUCAACCAUUGUGAAAGAAAUGACGUCUAUGGUGUGCUAGGUGAGCUGGGUUUUUGUGGGGGUUUAUUGUCCUCAUGGCCUGUCAUUGAAUGUAAACAUUUUGAACAAACCAUAUUAUAUAAGUUUCUUUACAUUUUAGAUGUGGAAAAAAAAUGUAUUAUGAAUAUAUAUAUAUAUAUAUUCUUAUUGUAACUUGUAUUACUUUUAUUUGCAAGCUCCAAUCGCCGUUUUGUUUGUGUUUUGUUUAUUUUAUCAUAUAUUUUUUUUCAUUAUUAUUGUUCAUGUGUCAUGGGAACAAUGAAUUAGCCUGUCGUUACGCAUUUGAUUUGUAAAAUGUUUCUCCUGUACAUUUUUGGGCACACCCUUCUCUCAGUUAUGUUGGGACAGCUUCUACUGGAAGUCAAAGAAAAGCAUUUUUAGAUGCAGACAAUGAAGAAUUUUUGCUUUAUAUUUUCCGAAUGUAUUAUUUAGCAGCUUUAUCCCCUUCAUCCAGUCACUUUAUUAUGCUUGGUAACUUGGUUUAUUUUUUUUAUUUAUCUGAGCAGAUAAAAAAGAAUAGUAUUGUUUCUUUGUGUCAAUGCUCACAGCCACAUAGAAACCAUUUUUGUUUUCAUUUACACCCCCCACCCAACCAAAUUUCCGUCAAUUUACGGCCCAUAGUCCUUUAGUUUUGUCUCAGGAUGGCUUGGGCAUUUUUGUUCGAGACACCGUUUAAUCAGGAGGCUCUAGUGUACAAAGUGCAAUCAACUUUCUCUUUUUUUUUUUUUCCCCUCCCCUAGCUAAGUUUCUAUUUUGCAUGGUUGUCCCUGAACAUCAGCUAUAUAUAUUGAUGAUAGAGAUGUAGGAGCAGAGGAGAUUUAGUGUUUUUAUUGGCGGGGGGAGGGGGUUGUCUUCUUCAGUACUGUUGUUUGGUUUUUUUUCCAAAUGAUUUAGGAUGAGGAAGUAAUUGAAUAUUUAAUAUUGAACUGUUUGCUCUCAUUUUCGUUACCUAA